AUGGAGAUAAAAUCCUUGAGGCGAAAUAAUAAAAUGAAAUAUCUUUCAUUUAUAUCACUCUUUGCCCUAGUUCUAUCAGGGCCUACAGUUCAGCUUAAAGACUCAGAUCUUGCUAUCCCACAAGAAAUGAUUGAUGAAAUCAACAGAGUCCAAGACUCCUGGAUUGCAUCUUCUAAGUGGGUUGGUAACAUGACAAUUGCUGAAGCCAAGCAUAAAGCAUCCACAAUAUCUAAACCUCGACCAUUUCCAGCAAAAGAAAUUGGUGCAUUAUCAGACUACCUUUCAAUUCCAGCCUCCUUCGAUGCAAGAACAAAAUGGCCAAACUGCAUUCACCCAAUCCGUAACGAUGAUUUAUGCGAUGCUGGCUGGGCGUUUGGAGCUACUGAAACUCUGUCUGACAGAUUUUGCAUUGCUUCAAAUGGCAAAAUUAACAUUGUUUUGUCACCACUAUAUCUGAUAGUAUGUGAUAUUUCAUAUGACGAUAGAUGCAGCUUCGGUAGUCCUGAUUCUGUUUGGAAUUUCAUGAAAAAUUAUGGAGUACCUACAGAAUCAUGCCUUCCUUAUAAUGUAUUAGAUACAGAUGAAAUGUGCCCUAAUUCUUGCUGGUUAGGAAACGAUUUCCAAUUCUAUAAGGCUGCGACUGUGAACUCAUUCAAUGGUACAGCAGCGAUCCAGGCUGAAAUAUUAGCAAAUGGGCCAGUUGAAGUUAUUUUUACCAUGUAUCAAGAUUUGUUGUCCUAUAAGGGAGGCAUUUAUAAGCAUACAACAGGUGAUUCUUUAGGAACUACCUGUGUGAAGGUAGUCGGGUGGGGAAAUCAAAGUGGAACUAAUUACUGGAUUGCUGCUAACUCUUGGGGAACUCGUUGGGGUUUACAAGGAUACUUUUGGAUUGCUUUUGGGGAGGGCGGGAUUGGUAAACAAGCUGUAGCUGGGACUCCAUAUAUUAAAGGCCUAUAG